AUGCAUGAUGGAGAAACUCUAAAGGCUUACUCGGACAGAUAUUGGGAGAUGUAUAAUGAAAUGGACGACAAUUUUGACGAUGUCACCAUCAGCACCUUCAAAAAUAGUCUCCUAGCCGAGCACGGCUUAAGGAAGUCUCUGACUGGUAAGCCUGCCACCAGUGUGCACCAACUAAUGGAUCAGAUCGAUAAGUAUAAACGAGUAGAGGAAGACCAGCUGCAAGGUAAGGGAAAAGAGAAGGUUAUCCCUCAGGAGAGGAGGGAUUUCAAGUCGAACCGAUAUAACAACAACUGCCUGAGGAGAGAUUUCGUAGGGCAAUCUGAAGUAACCAACACAGAGACUGUCAAUAUCGUAUUCCGAGAACCAGUACCUUGGGUGUUGGAGAAAAUCAAGAACGAGCCAUACUUUAAGUGGUCGACUAAAAUGGCAGGAGAGUCCACGAGGUACAAUCAGAACUUUUAUUGCCAAUACCACCAAGACCACGAACACACCACGAAGAACUGCAGGAACCUCUGGAACUAUCUGGACCAGCUAGUCCGAGAAGGAAAGUCGAAGCACCUUCUACAUCAUUCCGGGAGUCAUCAAGGCUAG